AUGUUCAAUAAAGCGAGCGAAGAUCUUCUUAGGGCCCAUACUCUCGUUUAUAGUCCUGAUGUGGCAGAGAAGCGCCAGUUAUUCACUCAUACCAUAAUUCCCACCAAAGAGGUAAGCGAAGAGGAACGUACUCGUCGUGCGGAAAGGAAGAAGGAGAAAAAGUUGAUCGCCAAGCAAAUUGACGACGAGGCCCGACGCUUGGAGCUGGAAAGGAAAGAGAAAGAGAGAGAAGAACGUAAACGCAAAAUAGAAGAGGAACAAAGGCGCCAGGAAGAGCUCGAAUAUCAAAAAUGGCAAGAAAUGCAGAAAAAAAAGGAAGAGGAAUUGAGGAGAGCAGAAGUUGAACGUAAAGCUGCUGAAAAAAAAGCUGCAGAGGAGAAGAAGAAAGAUGCCAGCCAAGCAGCAACACAACCCGAGCUGAAAAAGGAGAAGGUAAGGAAUGAGAAAAAGCCAGUGGAAGCUGAGAAAACGGCCACCGAUACUACACUUAGAAUGGAGCGAUCCUCACCCACUGAGGUGCCUACCGCUGCAGUCCCAAAAUCGACUGUCGAGACCGAGAAAAAGAAGAAGAAGAAGGAAAAGGGGCUUAGUGGUGAUAAAUCAGAAGAAGCUACUCGCGAAACUGAAGAACAGAAAGAACAUCACGUUGGAAGAAAGCAGAAAGAUCACGAUGUGGAGAAAAGUCCAGAAGAGCACGGCGCUGGAAAAAAGCAGAAAAUUGGCAAACCUGAAACUGAGGAGGAAGUGUUAAUUUCGAGGAAGCACCAAGAGCCUGACGUCCGUACCAAGCAGAAAGACGAUGAUGUUAAGAAACCGGAGAUGUCAUCUUCCGAGGAAGUUAAGGGACAAGGUGGGGUGAAGGAGCAGAUGGAGUCUGAUUCUGAGAAGAGGCAGACGAAAACUAGCCAUGAGUAUGAUGAAAAUCCCAAUCUCGAUAAAACGGACAAAGGAUCCAGUGUCAAAAAGACGCAGUCCAGAGAGAAGAAGCAGGUCAACCUCGACGAUCCAUCUGAUGCGGCAGAAGAGAAGCGUUCGCCAGUCGAUGCUGUUCCUGUCGAAAAACAUGACGACGAGAAGCAUUCGAGGAAUAAAGGUGACAAGAAGAAGAAAACUAGCGAGAACGAGUCGUCUGUGCUCAAUAACGGACACGACGAAGGGGUUGCUGACAGUGCCCGUGACGACAAAAUUCAUCAACAUCACGAUGAUGAACAUGUAAACCAUGAGGUAUUUAUAUACACCCCUUAAAG